GAUUGACGUCCGAAUUUGAAUCCGCCCGACCUGGGGCAAAGUGGUGUGUUCCGCGUAAACAGCUCAAUCAAAUCAUCGCAAGAUUUCUGUUUUCAUGUCAAUCUCACAGCGCAAAACCAAUUAAAAAUUAUCUUUGUAAUUAAAAAUGAAGGAGGAAAACUCUGACCAAAUGUUGAGCGGUUUGGAGGCAAGGAUAACCGCGUUAGAAAAUCGGAUUUUUGGGGAUGAAAUACGUUCUAAAACUCAGCAACAACGGAAGGUGGUAGAAGAACUUGUGCAAAUUAAUGGUCAACUGCAACGUGGAAUUAGCAAUCGUGAAACUGUCAUAUCUUUGAUGAAAAAAAUUGAAGAGAUGAUGGAGUAUUUGGACUUGGAGGAAAGCAGUCAAAUUUUAGGUGGAGAGGCCAAAGGAAAUGCUGUACUUGUUGCAGAACCCAUCAUUCGUCAAAUGCAUAGUAUUGUCAAAGGGAUCAGUUUAGAUCAUGUUCAUCAAGCAAUAAAUAGUGAACCUAUUCGAAAUGUAACUGCCUUGUCUGGCCAGCUUGCUCAGCUAAAAAUUGUACAAUUGGAACAAGAAGAAAGGUAUCGGGACCUAUGUACUAAAAUUGAUGAAGUAGAAGAAGUAUUAAAUAUAUUGGGACUAGCCAUGGGAAGAUGAGAAGAGUACCUAUUGGACAUAUAGAUUAUUUAAGCAUAUUAUGGUGUCAAAAUUCUAUGUACUUUUCUAUAACGUUAUUUUAAAGUUAAAGUUAUAAUUACUUGGGAUUUUCCUAAUUGUAUCAAAACUAUAUUUACAGAUUAAAUCAUGAAACUAGGCGGCUUUGUAA